GCCGCGCGACCCUCGUGCCGCGGGCUGAGGGGAGGCUGCUGCUUGCCUUGCCUCUCCCUGGUGCUGCGCCCGCGGACGGCGGAUGUCCGAGGAGAACCCCCAAGAGUGCGCGGAGCCCGCGGAGCCCGCGGCCCAGGCCCCCCUGCCGAAAACCAGCGACCACUACCGCAUAGAUGAGAACCUGCCGGUCAGGUUCAAUAACCCGGCGUGGUUCCGGGGCUACAGGACCAAAGCGCCCGUCUCGGUGUAUAGGACCAGUAACCAAGCUUACGGGGGCAAGGCCCCCACGGUGCACGAGAUGCCGAAAGUAUUCUAUGCAAAGUCGAGUAAAUUUUCCACUCGACUAGCAGCCACUGGAAUGUUCCAGAACAAUUCCUUCAAUGUCUGCCUGGAGAAGAGCAUCGUGACCGGCGUGGACAACUGCAUCACCUCCUUUGACCGGCUGAACUUCCACCCGAGCUACAACGCCAGCAGGCCGUCCAUCUGCAGCGACUGAGCAGCCAGGCCCCCUCCCCACCAGGCCUCCCCGCCCCCAGC